AUGGCCUCCGAGCAUACGGUGACACAGGCCCUGUUGGAAUGGAUCAACAGUUUCGCACUUGGGAAGACCAUUCGAACGACGGAUGAAUUAACUGAUGGAACCAUCAUCUGGGAGAUCCUGCAGGACAUUGACCCCCAGCAUUUCCUCGACGAGCUCCCUGAACGCAACCCGUCCGACCACUGGCUGUCGAAAUUACAGAACCUGAAACAUGUCCACAAGCUCGUGCUGAGUUACAUCCGGCAACAGCCCGAAGGAUGUCCCUCCGGACUCGAUCUCUCGCCCAACCUAGAAGUAGUCGCCGAGAAGAGUUCUCUUAAGGAGACAAACAAGCUCCUGAAGCUCAUCCUUAUCGCGACCAUUCGUUCGCCCAACGCGACGUCGUACGUGGAGACCCUCCAAAACCUGAGCACUCCUGUCCAAGAAACUCUGAAGAAUAUCUUCGAGGAGGCGGAGAGUACCCAGCAUGAGCUCACUGACGGCGAGGACGAGCCGACGGAUGAUGCAGCCAAACGCGACCACUCUGUCGAUCUGGAGCUACAAUUCGAGGAACGUGUAGGGAAGGUGCUUGCAGAGAACGACCGCCUGACUCACGGGAAGAAAGAACUGGAGAAGGCAUUAGAGGACCUGCAUAAUCGUCUGGCCCGGCUCCAGGAGAACAAUGAUACCCUCCAGACCCGACUCGCAUCGACCGAGGACCGCCUAGGGAAUUUAAAGUCCGGGAAGGGUGAUCUUGGGUUCAAUACCAAAGCUCUAGAAAGUAGAGCCCGUCAGCAGGAAGAUAUCAUCGCGUCUCAGGAGACCCGACUGGCCGCCGCCCAAGACGAGAAUGACAGUCUGCGCAUGACUGUCGAGUCGUUGCGUGUGAAGAACGAACGGUUUCAGAGGCUGCAGGAUGAUUACGAUGUGCUCAAAACGGAGCGAGAUCAGCUCGCUCGCAAAGCUAACGCUGCCGAGAAGUACCGUGCGAAGUUACAAGCUAGUCAAGAUUUUGAGAAGGAGAACCAAACUCUUAAAAUUCAGAUUAAGGACCUCCAGCAGCAGCUGAAAGAAGUUGAUACACAACAGAGGUGGAAUGCCGAGCGUGAAGUCGAACUUGAGGAAUAUCGGAGAGUUCUACCUCGCAUCGAGCAGGAGUGUGGCGACGUACAGAGCAUGAAGAAACAGCUUGAGUUCAAUAACCACGCCUUGAAAGAACGUCUUGAUAGUGCCGAAGAACAGCGUGAGAGGGACGAUUCCCUGAUAAGCGAACUGCGAGAACGGGUCCGAGAGCUCGAAGGGCCUCCUAGGAGCCCGACUCUCACCCCAAGGAGCGAGACACCAAAACUGCGGGGAACUUUACAGAACGACUUCGAGGACAUUGGAGUCAAAGAAUCGCAACUGAAGACUGAGAAUGAAGAACUGAAGAAAGAGAUCGAAAUGCUGAGGAGAUCUUCUCCUUCUAUAGGUUCUCAUUUCGACAACUUCUCAGAAGUCUUUGUCGAGACGCUGCAGCGUGCCCGAGAAAAUUCCACCCAAGGCGAUGAAUAUUGGAAGCUCUACGACCAGUACACUUCACUGCUCAAGAAACUUGCAGUAGCUCAGGACGCUCUUGAUGAAACCAGAAGAGCGCUUGGGGAUGCGCAAGCCGCGCAAGCCGGAACUACCAGCCAAGAGAGGGAGGAUUUGAUCAACGCGAUCAGGGAGAAGGAUUCCACAGAGCUAGCUCAGAUGCGGAACGAGUGGGACGGAAAUACUCAAAAAAUCCAUUCUCUUCAAGCGGAGCUUGAUUCGAGUUUAGCUCUGGUCAACGAAACAUGUACCGAGAGAGACGAAUUACGAGCAAUUCUUGGCGACAGGCAAGCCAUGAUCGCCGAGAGUCGCGUGGAGGACCAGGAGACAAUGGAAGAAAUGAAAGCACUGUUGGCCGAGAUUGCUGGACAAGAGGGAGCCACCCAGAAGUCAGGGGUGGAGCUCACCAAGCAAGUCGCUGAGCUAAUUGAGAAGAACCUGGAGAGGUUGGCGAAACGUGCAGAGUAUAUUCAUCUCCAGAACGAACACAUCAAGCACCUUCAGGAAAAGCUGAGGCAUUUUGAAGAAGAUGCAGAAAUUGGUAUCAGCAAAGAACGCGAGCUCGAACUCCAGAAAACCAUCGACACACAGGCUCGAGAACUCGCUUUAAUGAGUUCUUCCUGGUAUGAGAUUCAAAGCCGACUUCAUAGCAAUGGCGCCUUUUCAAGAUAUCGUCACGGAUCUAGCCUAGCCGAUGCUCAAAACGGCUGGCUAGCUAGACAGCGAAGCAUCGUUGCAGGACGAUAG